AGCUGAAAGUUACGUGCAGCGGCUGCCGACAAGUGUUGUGCUGUUGCUGGUUGCUCUUGCUGUUCCGCUCGCACUCACACUUGCACCACACACACUCGCAGCGGGAGCGAGCGAGAGGCCGAGAGAUUUACGCAGAACAUGUUUUCGCAAUAGUGUUGUUGAAAGGAGAGGCGUGCACGAAAAUUAACACAAAACACACACAAAUCGUAAACAGAAACAGAAGUGAUUGAAGUUCAGAAAUUAAAAUCCAAACCUUAAUCAAAUCGCAAUCAAAAUCCAAAACCAAAAUGGCCGAGUCAACAACCACAUCGCCAUCGGUGACGAGCGAAGAUGGCCAAAUCCAUGGCUACAAUAACAGUGAUAACGACUCUGGGGACUCGUGCCACCUGCGAAUCGUUGUGCUCAGUGGACAGUCGCUGGCCAAGAAGGAUAUUUUUGGUGCCAGCGACCCGUAUGUCAGAAUCGAUUUGAACACAAUCAACGGUGAUAUUAACAUUGACUCUGUUUUGACAAAGACCAAAAAGAAGACCCUAAAUCCCAUCUGGAACGAGGAGUUCAUAUUCAGAGUUAAACCGUCUGAGCAUAAGCUUGUCUUUCAAGUAUUUGACGAGAAUCGCCUGACACGCGACGACUUCCUGGGCAUGGUCGAGUUGACUCUAGUGAACCUACCCACGGAGCAGGAGGGACGCACCAUUGGCGACCAAAGCUACACUCUGCGCCCGCGCAGGUCAGUAGGCAGCGCCAAGUCCCGCAUCAAGGGCACCCUGCGCAUCUACCACGCCUUCAUCCGUGAGACGCGGGAGCAGAGCGAGCCGUCUAGCGGCAAUAGCAACAGCGACGGCGAGUGGGAGCAUGUGGAAGCCACCAAUGCCAGCGGCGAGACCUCAGCCCAACCGAAUCCUUUUCCUACUGGCGGCCACGAUGCCUUGCCCGCUGGCUGGGAGGAGCGACAGGAUGCCAAUGGACGCACGUACUAUGUGAAUCACACCGCCAGGACGACGCAGUGGGAGAGACCAACCAUCUUAAACAGCAACAGCAGCCAAUCCGCUGACCAAUUGGCCUCGGACUUCCAAAGACGCUUUCACAUUAGCGUGGACGAAACGGAGUCGGGACGCUCGGCGGAUACCAUCAGUCGCAUUAGUAUAGAAGACAAUAACAAUGUGGCUGGCGGGGCCACCACUCCAACCCCUACACCAUCAAUAUCAACAACAAUAUCCACAACAACAACAUCAACAACAGAGGAAGGCAACACAACACCUACGAUCUCAGCAGGACCCAGCAGCACACCAAUGAACCACAACACAAGCUAUAACAAUGGAAACCGUAUCAGUCAUGUGGAGUUGUUAGAGGGUCAGGAGGAUGUUUAUAACGAUGAUUCCACAGUGGAUCAAACCAGUUUUGUUUACAAUUCCCUGCGACAUCCUGUCGAUCAUAGGACGCCUGAGAUUUCGGCGACCAGUUUGCAGAACGAUCUGCGACCGGUGCGUGUGGCGCCGGCAGUGCCGGAUAUUGCCAUGAACAGCUUGUUGACCCGGCGGGCCGUGGCCAAAAUGGCUGGCACCAGUGAGCAGCAACAGGAGCAACAGCGGCGGCGACAGCAGAUGCAGCUGCACAUCCAGCAGCAUCAGCAGAGGCAACAGCAGCAGCAGCAGCGGGAGAAUAGAAUAUUGCUCGAUGUGGAUCAUCCCAGGCAGCGGCAGCUGCAGCAUCGGCGGCGACGUCAGUUGCAAUUGCAGUUGCAACCAGAACCCGCCUCAUUGAAUGAAGACACCGAUCAUACAGACAGCCACAAUCCCUCAGAGAUCUCAGCUCCGUCCACCCGACGCAAUUCCGAGGAAGACAACGCCGCUGUGCCGCCCAUGGAACAAAAUGCCGGCGGCGAGGAGGAAGCGUUGCCACCACGCUGGUCCAUGCAGGUGGCCCCCAACGGACGGACCUUCUUCAUUGAUCACGCAGCCCGACGUACGACUUGGAUCGAUCCACGCAACGGACGGGCCAGUCCCAUGCCCAAUCAGACACGACGCGUCGAGGAUGAUCUGGGUCCGUUGCCAGAGGGCUGGGAGGAGCGUGUGCACACCGAUGGUCGAGUGUUCUACAUAGAUCAUAACACGCGAACCACUCAGUGGGAGGAUCCUCGCCUGUCCAAUCCUAAUAUUGCAGGACAGGCUGUGCCGUACUCGAGAGACUACAAACAGAAAUACGAGUAUUUCAAGAGUCAUAUUAGAAAGCCUACAAAUGUACCAAAUAAAUUUGAAAUACGCAUACGCCGUACAUCCAUACUGGAGGAUUCGUACAGAAUUAUUAGCUCGGUGACCAAGACCGAUUUACUAAAGACUAAAUUAUGGGUAGAGUUUGAGGGAGAGACUGGCUUAGAUUAUGGUGGCCUUGCUAGGGAGUGGUUCUAUUUGCUGUCAAAGGAAAUGUUCAAUCCCUACUACGGACUUUUUGAGUACUCGGCCAUGGACAACUAUACGCUGCAGAUAAACAAUGGCAGUGGUCUGUGCAACGAGGAGCAUUUAAGUUACUUUAAAUUCAUUGGCCGCAUUGCGGGCAUGGCUGUGUACCAUGGCAAGCUGCUGGAUGCCUUCUUCAUUCGUCCCUUCUACAAGAUGAUGCUGCAGAAGCCCAUUGACCUAAAGGACAUGGAGUCUGUGGACACUGAGUACUACAACUCACUCAUGUGGAUCAAAGAGAACGAUCCUCGCAUCCUGGAACUGACUUUCUGCCUGGACGAGGACGUUUUUGGCCAGAAGAGCCAGCACGAACUGAAGCCGGGUGGUGCCAACAUAGACGUGACCAACGACAACAAGGAUGAGUAUAUCAAACUUGUUAUCGAAUGGCGUUUUGUGGCACGCGUCAAGGAGCAGAUGUCCGCCUUUUUGGAUGGCUUUGGUUCAAUUAUUCCCUUGAAUCUGAUCAAGAUCUUUGACGAGCACGAGCUGGAGCUGCUGAUGUGCGGCAUACAGAACAUCGAUGUGAGGGAUUGGCGCGAGAAUACGCUUUACAAGGGCGACUAUCACAUGAAUCACAUAAUCAUUCAGUGGUUCUGGCGCGCCGUACUCUCCUUCUCCAACGAGAUGCGCUCUCGCCUUCUGCAGUUCGUCACCGGCACCUCUCGGGUGCCCAUGAACGGUUUCAAGGAGCUGUACGGCUCCAAUGGCCCGCAGAUGUUCACCAUUGAGAAGUGGGGCACGCCCAAUAACUUUCCCAGGGCGCAUACCUGCUUCAAUCGCCUGGACCUGCCACCCUACGAGGGUUAUCUGCAGCUAAAGGAUAAACUGAUCAAGGCCAUCGAGGGCAGUCAAGGAUUUGCUGGUGUUGAUUAAUAACAACGGCAACGGGAGCGAUGACAGCCAAAUGCUUUGGCAGGAGCUGCAGCAGCAGUUCCAGCAGCAGCAGCAGGAAGAGGAGCAGCGGCGGCAACGAUUCCAGACAUCACAAGAACCACAGGAUCAACAUCAACUAGAACUUCAACAACGACAGCGACAGCGACAAAGCCACCUCAACGCUUGGAGCACCGCCAGCAGAUCGUGUACUUACUUGUUCGUUUGCUUUUGUAUUAUAAUCAUUUUUGCUAGUUUAGUGUUAUUUCGUAUGUACUUUUAACUAGGCGCCAAAACUCACACACACAGACAGACAACAUACACCACACCACACACUAAGCAUGCACACCAAAAUCCAAAUAUAAAGCUGAGCAUGUGAACCUACAACUAACGAAAGAGUCCAAAAUUAUAUAUAGAAAUAUAUUUAUUACACAUUGCCGAC